AGAAAGCAAAAAAUAAUUAUUGUAGUGCAGAAUUUAAUUGCAAUCUUAGAUAUUAUUUUAGCAGUGUGUGCUAUUGUGAGUGCUUAUGCAUUGAUAAAUUUUAAAAGACGUCUCAAUCGGCCAUUAUCUAUAAUGAGAGUCUACAAACAGUUAGAAAACUUACAUGAUUUAGUGUAUGCAAGUGAUGUCAAUUGUGUUUCACAAUUAAGAAUGGAUAGACAAACAUUUCAAAGGUUAUGUCACAUACUCAGUACUAGGGGAAAUUUAAGAAAGACACGAAAUGUCUUUAUCGAAGAGAUGGUAGCAAUGUUCCUAUAUAUUUUAGCACACCACCAUAAGAACCGAGUUGUUGGUUUUAGUUUCAAAAGAUCAGGAAAAACCAUAAGCAAAUACUUUCAUGAGUGUUUAAAAGCAAUGAUUCGCUGCCAAAAAGAAUUUUGGAGAACACCUGAGCCAAUAUUAGCGACCUCAAUUGAUCCAAGGUGGAAGUGGUUUAAGAAUUGUCUGGGAGCAUUAGAUGGAACAUAUAUAAGAGUGCGUGUACCUGAAGCUGACAAACCAAGGUAUAGAACAAGAAAAGGAGAGAUUGCAACUAACGUUUUAGGAGUUUGUUCACAAGACAUGCAAUUUAUAUAUGUUCUACCAGGCUGGGAAGGUUCAGCACACGAUGGGCGUGUAUUAAGAGAUGCUUUAGCUAGGAGAAAUGGUUUGAGAGUCCCUAAUGGUAAUUAUAAAAAACUUAUCAGUGUUUGAGAUUAGACUACCAAUAUCUAUAGUUUUCCAUUCAAUUAUAACAUCAUUUAUUUAUUAUGUUUGAUAGGUUAUUAUUAUUUAGUUGAUGCUGGAUAUACCAAUAGUCAAG